AUGGAGGAUGGUGACGAAUUAGAAUUGAGUGAUUAUUCUGAAACUAUUGAUGAAGUGGUUGAAGUGUCGGUGGUCAGCGCACAAGAAGAACAGAAACCAAAACCAACGUAUUCAGCAAAAGAUUUGAAUGAGUUAAUCGCCGCUUUAAAGAGAAUGGUCUUUUUGAAUGGGAUCAAAGAAAGCGAUUGGAAUGACGAAUGUGACGAAGUGAUACAAACAUGGUUCAUGGACACAAAUCAUCUGAUUUUGAUUGUAUUUUUUUCGCCGAUACAACGUUUGGCAGUUAGUUUGAGUUAUCCGACUGAACCAGUGCUUGAAAUUGUUUAUUUUUUACGUAAUCCCGAUCACAUAUUCACAUUAGAUAAUUUUCAUGACGAUGUUACAUUCGGACAAAUCAAUGACGAUGUGGAUGGAACAUUUUUAUUGCUGAUGGAAAAAUUGUAUACCCCAAUAUUUUUUCACAAAACCGAUUGGAGUGAUACGAAUCGAGCACAAUUCUUAAAUUCAGUCCACUCAUUUCUAUCACAUAUGACAUCAUUGCACUACAAAUUAUCCGGAUUAACAUAUUUGUAUGUGCCAAGUGAAGGUUUGGUUAAUGACGUCGACAAAGCAGUCGAAGACUUGGAAUUAGUAAAACGUUUGGAAAUGAUAGCCGAACAUUGGAUUAUCCAGCUAAGAAUUUGCUUAAGCGAUUCGGAACAAGUGGUUCCAUAUGAACUGUUGUGCCCCAUUGAUGAAUAUGAAUUUUGGAUUUAUCGAUGCGAGGUACUUCUGGCCGUCAAAUAUCAAGUUAACCACAAGGAUUUUUUAAAAGUCGUUUCCGUUUUGCGUAAAUCACAAUCAAUAUUUAUACAACCAUUGGACGGUAUCAUUCUGUCCAUUGAAAAAGAGAUUGAACGUGCUCAGAAUAAUGUUAGCUAUUUGCAGUUGCUGAUCGAACCAUGCAAUGAGUUAACGUCCGUUGAUUCGCCAGCUGACAUUCCAUUGCAAUUGCCUCAAAUCAUCAAUAUCAUUCGAUUUAUUUGGUUAAACUCUGGCUUUUAUAAUACCGUCAAUUUAGUGACCAAACUCUACCGUUAUGUUGCCAAUCAAAUUAUUAAUUUUUGCUGUCAAAAAAUAAAUAUUCCCGAAAUUUUCAACGGUAAUGUUUUGAGUCAAAUUAAAGUAGCGAAUAUGUCGAUCGACUGUUGUUUAUACUACAAAGUGAUUUAUGAGAAGAUUUCACAAAUGGCAGGAAAUGAAGACUGGAAAUUAAAUGACUGUUUAAUUUUUAAUCACACUGAUUCGUUCAUAAAUCGUGUACAUGAUUUCAUUGAAAUUUGUGAAGGAAUCAUUAUAUUCUCACGAAAACCGGCAACGGAACAUCAUCAACGGCUACUGUUUGGCGGAGAUCGUGGCCCUGAAUUCGAGAGAAUUUGUGCACGUAUCGAAACAACAUUUGAGAAAGGCAUUGCAAAAAUAAAACGAAAUUCACAUUCAAUUUUGAACAUUAACGAAAAAACUUGGCCAAAAAUCAUGCGAGAAUUUCGUGAAAUGACUUCAAAUUUGGAAGAAAUAAUCGAUAUUUUAAUCAUAAAUGUAUUUACUCGCGUUGAAAAUGUUGAAGAUGGAAUCUAUGCAUUGGCAUGUUUACACAAAUUUUCAACACGAAACAAACUUCAUAAAUCAUUUGAACGAAAAGUCGUAACAGUUUGGAAUCUAUUGGCCAAAGAAUUGUCCAUAACAAAUGAUCAAGUAGUUGAAGAUGAAAACGAACAUCUUUCGUAUUUACCAAAGGUUGCCGGCCAAGUCAUUCAGUUAAAAGUGAAUCGUAUGCGACUCGUCCGCCUGCGAUCGUUAUUCGAACAAAACGAAUGGUUACCGGAUUCAAUUGAUACGGCUCAGAUCUUAUCCAAUUACAAAACGAUUAUUACCAAAAUGGAAAAAACCACUCAAACGCUGUUCGACGAAUGGAUUCAGUCGCUUGGUGUUGAUAUCGCAUCAAAACUUAAUCGAUUGCUAUUGAAGCGAAGUUUAACGCACAAAGGCCUAUUUGAGUGUAAUAUUGAUGAAAGUAUUUUCACACUAUUCAGAGAAGCAUGUUUCUUUCAAAUGCUUGGAUUUGGAUUUCCGGUACAUUUGAAUCAAUUUUUCAGCCGAGAACGAGCCAUUCGUCUUAUUUACGAUAGCAUUGUUGAGAUGAUUGCGUCGUAUAAUCGGAUAUUAAUGUCACUUUCAGAAAUGGAACGAUUAUUGCUGCAACCGUUGAUUCAAAUAUGUGACAAAUGCAUUGCGCCCGGUGCACUCAAGAUCGUAUGGGCCAGCGAUGGCUUGGACAUUUACUUUAAUGAUUGUAAUAAAAGUAUUCGAGAUUUAAACGAUUUUAUUCGAAUGUAUCGACAAACCAACGAACAGAUUGUUUGCAGUUGUGAACGACUUUGCGAAAUUGUUUCGAUUGAAAUACCAAAAGGAAAACCACGCGCAUUGAAUGAGAUCGAAGAAAUGGUCCAAAACUAUUUGAACAAACAGACCAAAUGCGUUGAACACGAAUUCGAUCGGGUGUGCAAAUUGACUUUGACUAUUCGUGAUGAAAUAGCAGACAUCGAUAUAAUUGAAGACCUUUGGAUCGAUUAUGUAUUAAAAUUCGAUAAAUUAAUUGAAGAAGCGCUAACAAUAAGUGCACGUGAAUCGUUUCGAUCAAUUUUUUGCACAUUAAACGGUAAUGGCAUCUUGGGACCGGAUUCAUUAAUUCAUGUCGUUCUUGAUGUCGAAGAUAGAAUGAUCAUACAAAGUCCAAGUACAACGGAAAUACGCGCUAUGUUCAAAAGCAUUUUUGAAAAACUGUCUCGACCACAACAGGCAAUAUCACGAUUAUUAAAAGCAUUGAAAUUACCUUCGUCCGAACAUUUGCUCGAGUAUUUUGAGGUCAUAUCAAAUGACACCGAAUGUUUACGUUUGCAGUCAAAAAUACACAAGGAAAUCGAACACAAUGAAGAAAAACUGAAAGAAUAUGAAGCGCAUUGGAUGCAAUUUUCGCAUAUUUGGCAGUCUGAUAAGAGUAAAAUUAUCACUGAAUUUGAAUUGCUUGAGACUGCAACGGCUUCGAAGUAUGAUCAGAGAAUUCAAGAGUUUAUCGCAUUAUCCAAUCAAGUUGCCGUUCGUGAAGUGUCGAAAAAAGUAAAUUUCAUGUCUGUUGAUGCGACAAAACUACGUAAAACAAUACUUGUUGGAAUCGAAGAAUGGAAACGACUGUAUUUAAUUUCAUUGAAAAACAAAACUCAAACAAUGUGCAUUACAUUCUUCAAAUACACCGAUGAGAACGGACAAAAGCUAUCAGUCGCACCAAAGACCGUUGAAGAAUUACAAAAAUGCUGUGCGAUCUACGAGCGAUUGAGAACCGAGGUCGAUGAUAGUAAGUGUAAUUUGAACAGCUUGCGCGAUCAAUUCGAUGUGCUACACAAAUAUGGUGUUCCGAUCGAUGAUCAACUAAACGGUGUGCAGGAAAAUAUGUACGCACAAUGGGAAGAUUAUUUAAAAAAACUAAACGAUGCUGACGAAGUGCUGAAUAAUGCAAAGGAUAGCUUUAAAUUGACAUUAGAGAGUACAAGAAAAACGCCAGACUUUUUCCAAUGA